AUGGAGGGGAGAAGACUGUCAAAACAGCGCACAGAUCACACACCCCAGCCCCGGAAGAUGGGGAACUGCCUCAAGUCCCCCACUUCGGAUGACAUCUCCCUGCUUCACGAGUCUCAGUCCGACCGGGCUAGCUUUGGCGAGGGGACGGAGCAGGAUCAGGAGCCGCCGCCGUAUCAGGAACAAGUUCCAGUUCCGGUCUAUCAUCCAACACCUAGCCAGACUCGCCCAGCAACUCAGCUGACUGAAGAGGAACAAAUUAGGAUAGCUCAAAGAAUAGGCCUUACACAGCAUUUGCCUAAAGGAGUUUAUGAACCUGGAAGAGAUGGAUCAGAAAAAAAGAUCCGGGAGUGUGUGAUCUGUAUGAUGGACUUUGUUCACGGGGACCCAAUUCGAUUUCUGCCGUGCAUGCACGUCUAUCAUCUGGACUGUACAGACGACUGGUUGAUGAGAUCCUUCACAUGCCCCUCCUGCAUGGAGCCAGUUGAUGCAGCACUGCUGUCGUCCUACGAGACUAAUUGA